UUCAGUUUAGAACAACCUAAAAACUCUCCUAGUCAUUUUCCUGCCUCCUGCGAUAAAAUGAGUUCUGAGUACCCAGUUAGCCAAACAAAUCCUAGAAAAAGACCCAUUACAGAAGUUGAUGAGCCAACCACUCUAAUCUGCACAGUAGUAGCCAUUGAUCACACCAAUCUCUACUACAGAGUUUGCUCUGUUUGUGAGAAAACUCUCCCUGAAGCCACCCAUAAGAAUGCUACUAUUAAUCCUUGUUCUUCUUCAGCUUCUUUGCCUAUUUGUAGAUACUGCAACUUUAAGAAUGCCUUUAAUCCUGGUUCCUCUGGUUCCAAACGCCUCUUUAAAGUUCUUAUGUCUAUAGCUACGGAUACGAAGGUAUUUGUGGUGGUAAUGUUUGACAGGGCUGCGAGGGUUCUUUUUGGUUGCUCUGCUGAUGAGUUUUUUGAUUUUGCCAAGAUUCACCCUUUUGCUGCCACAACUGCAGGCAAGGUUCUUGAGGGUGAGAUGUUAAGAGUGAUGCUGUCAAAACCAAAGAAUGGAAAUGCACAGCAUCUACGUGUUGCCUCAGUUGUUCCCUUACAGUCUAGUUUUCAGCCAGCAAUUGUGACCUUGAGGAAACUGUAUCAAGUAAGAGGUGGUUCUUAAGUACAUCUGCCCCAUUUGUAUAUGCUUCACCCAUGGAGUGAUUUUUAAUUAUUUUUCUUUUGGUAUGCCACUUUGCUUUACAUGAAAUUUCUGGAUUAACUUUCA